AGGCUUUGUGCGCUAAGACCUUUUGCUAGGUCUUCAGGCUUUGUGGCACCUUUUAGGGGCGGUUUUUACCUUUGAAAGUCUCUCGCUGGCUAACAAAUUGAAGUUCUGCCUGGCUAUUGCAGCUUAACCCCAGUAGAAGAUGACCAAAGUGGAGCUAUAUAAAUCGCGCGUCUUUGUGACAAUCAUACACCUGUGCGCGCUGGGCCAGUUCGCCUAUGGCCUCUACUACGGCAGCUUCGAGGUGCAGCGCAGCUAUAAGCUCAAGACGAGCUUCAGCCGGCGCCUGGUGCCCGAGACCUUUCCCCAGAAGCUGCGAUUUCUCAGCUAUUGGUCCUUGAUAAUACAGGCUGUGUAUUACAUUGUCUCCCUUGUGAAUGACUUUGUGGGCACAAACGAGCUGGUGCCGAGGCGGCCGCCAGCAAUACGCAAGUUCAAGGACUGGCUGAUGUCCACACUGGCCUUCCCCGUGGCCCUGAAUGUGGGUAUUACCUUUUGGACGCUAUAUGCCAUCGAUCGUGAGCUAGUCUUUCCCAAAGUGCUCGAUCCCGUCUUCCCCAGCUGGCUCAACCAUGUCCUUCACACCAAUAUUGUUGUCUUCAUUGUCCUAGAGAUAUUCACAUCAUAUCGUGCCUAUCCCACGCGCACCAAGGGCCUCACUGGCCUGGGCAUUUUCAUGGGCAGCUAUCUGGUCUGGAUACACAUCAUCAAGCACUAUUCAAAUGUCUGGGUGUAUCCGGUACUGGAGGUGCUGCAGCUGCCGCAGCGCAUUGUGUUCUUUGUGGCCGUGCUUGGUUUCACAUUCGCUCUCUAUCUGCUCGGCGAGUUCCUCAACAAUGUUGUGUGGGCCAAGGAAGUGAAGCUGUCGCAGCGCAAGUCAAAGUAGGCUGUGUAGUCAAUAGUCUGUGUGUGCUCGUCUGUUUAAAUUAGCAAUUAUAAGAACAGCAGCAACAAAAUUACUAACGAUGAAUUUCGCUUAUAUUUUACACGACUCUAAAACGUAAUUAUAAAGUUGAUCUAAUCUAAUGUUACACCUAAUAGCAAUUGGCUUGAAUAGCAAUUAAAAAUUUGUAGUACUUCAAUUAGAUUGCACUUGCACUUGCAAUUGCAAACUCAAGUAUGCGUUCUUUUUAUUGUAUUAGAUGAGCAUAAUUAACGUUCAAGCAUUUUUUCAAUUGCAUAAUUCAUAUCAAGCAACAGCACAGCAACAACUUUAAUACCUGCGUUAAACUGUAAAUUUGAAGUCUAGAGUUAUUAAAAUAAAGAAAACUAAAUUUAAAUAACUAAUAA